GUGUCGCCGCCUGCGUGCGGCAUUUCUCGCCUGGCGAUUUCUGCGUGAGGUACUUUCUAGCCUAGAGAGUUUUGCGGGUGGCGGUUUACGUACCUGUCUCGGCUUCGGCCUACAUAGUUGUAAUCUAGCGGGCAUUUUGAAUAAAGAAGCCUUUUGCCCAGACCGAGAAUUAUCCUUUGGCAACCUUCUUCCUCCUAUGACAUCGUGGCGUGGACAUCUGGACGUCUCUACACGUUAUCGCCACACAUGAUUGAUCGACGCGCCAUCUCCGGAAUACAAGCAGGCAAUGCUAGUUAGUGCGCAUUAGUGCGUCCGUCGAUCAGAGUAUACUCGAGUUUACCUGCCAAACGUGUAUCUAUGAUUGCUCAAGUUUGUAUACUCGUGCCAUUCUCGCUGUUGUGUUUUACUGAUUUUCCUAGAAUAUUCAGCUCGAACGGAAAUAAGAAGUAUCAAGAGCCUGCAUACGAGUUCGUAUCGAGGAAGGAGUUAUGGGGGACGCAGCGAUGAACGUCGCAGCGUCCGGUGGCGGCGGUCAGCGUGUCGUUAAAGAAGGCUGGCUUCAAAAACGCGGGGAGCACAUAAAAAAUUGGAGAUCAAGAUAUUUUGUUUUGAGGGACGAUGGUACGCUGGUUGGAUUUAAAGCAAAGCCAGAUCAACAAAUGGCAGCAGCUGCACAGCCUUUAAAUAAUUUUACAGUUCGAGGAUGUCAGAUUAUGUCUGUGGAUAGACCUAAGCCUUAUACAUUUGUUAUAAGAGGUUUGCAAUGGGCAGCUGUAAUAGAAAGGACUUUUCAUGUAGAUACGGAACAGGAGAGGGAAGAUUGGGUGGCAGCAAUCAGGUAUGUAGCUGCUAGAUUAGCAAGCGAGAAGGAACAACAGCAACCGCAACCAUCUCCAAUUCAACAUUCAUCUUCAUCGGAAGAUGUUGAAAUGGAAUCUUCUGGAGGUGGUAGGUCAGAUUCAAGUGGGUCUGUUGGAGUAGUGUCUUCGGAUGUAGAUGGUGGCAGCAUCGAUGAACUAUCUGCAAAGUUUAGUGUUCAAGGAACUUCAAGUAGUAAAAGUACAGGGAAGAAGAAAGUAGUAUGUAUAAGGACCCUUGAAAAUUUUGAAUUCUUGAAAGUUCUGGGAAAGGGUACGUUUGGAAAAGUAAUCCUUUGCAGAGAAAAGGCAACAGGCCACUUGUACGCUAUAAAAAUUUUACGAAAGGAAGUGAUCAUUCGUAAACACGAGGUUGCCCACGCACUUACAGAGAAUAGAGUAUUGCGUACUACUAAUCAUCCGUUCCUAAUUUCUUUAAAAUACAGUUUUCAAACAGCGGACAGGCUGUGCUUUGUAAUGGAGUACGUGAACGGCGGGGAGUUAUUCUUUCAUUUAAGACGUGUCCGCAGAUUCGGCGAGGAUCGUACCCGAUUCUAUGGGGCUGAAAUCAUUUCAGCUUUGGGCUAUCUUCAUUCACAGGGUAUUAUUUACCGUGAUCUCAAAUUGGAAAAUCUUCUUUUAGAUAAAGAAGGACACAUUAAAAUCGCUGACUUUGGAUUAUGUAAGGAAGACAUAACAUACGGAAGAACGACGAAAACAUUUUGCGGAACUCCCGAGUAUCUGGCACCAGAAGUGCUCGAAGACAAUGACUAUGGCCGAGCAGUAGACUGGUGGGGAGUUGGCGUUGUUAUGUACGAAAUGAUUUGUGGUCGAUUACCUUUUUAUAACAAGGACCAUGAUAAACUUUUCUCGCUUAUUGUAAUGGGAGAAGUAAGAUUUCCUAGGACGAUCAGUAUUGAGGCAAAAGAUAUGCUGGGAGGAUUACUAAUAAAAGAUCCAAGCAAGAGAUUGGGUGGUGGACCUAACGAUGCAAAAGAGAUUAUGGAUCACGCAUUCUUUUCGUCAAUUGAUUGGGCGGACCUUGUGCAGAAAAAGAUUCCCCCUCCCUUUAAACCACAAGUAACUUCUGAAACAGAUACGCGAUAUUUUGAUAGCGAGUUUACAGGUGAAAGUGUCGAGCUUACACCUCCCGAUCAAAGCUUUUUAGGGAGUGGCGGUGGUUUGAAUUCAAUAGCCGAAGAACAAGAACAUUUUCCUCAGUUUUCGUACCAAGAAAGUCAUUCAGCAGCAACCUCUUCCAUUGUUUCUAUUAAUCACUGACAGUAUCAAGGGUUUCCAUUGUUUAUAUACUGAGAUAUGUGGCUAAACGCAUGAAAAAGUUAAACAAAGACAUUCGACUAUAUUGAGUAUUGUCGGUCAAUUUGGAAACAUUUGUUUUAAAGCUGAUUGAUUGGAAUAUCCCUUUUGCUAAUUUAUGAUGCUUUUUUUGUGCAUCUUUGAGAAAUUUUAACACAUAUCUUCAAUGGCAGAUCAAAUUUGUGUGUGUAUGUGUGUGCGCGGCAUGUGUGCAACUUACACGUAUACCCGUUGAAAUUGUACAUGAAAAAAGUGUGUACUAUACAAUUCGAUUGAGCUAAUACUAUUUAUACCGGCUGAGUAGGUUCACGAUGACACAAUGGGGAUAGAUUUUUGUCUUGAAAAUGAAAACGAACAGUAACUUAAGUUCGUCCCCUAUGCUGUAUUACAUUGUAAAGAGUGGCACGUUUCUUCCAUGUGGAAGAACGAUAUUUGAUAAUCAUAGUUACAGUCCUUUGUUCAAUGAAAGUGAUAUUUAACACUUUCUAGCUUCAUCGUCAAGUUUAUUGUAAUAAUUUAUGGAAGGGCAGUUCCUGGUUAUUUUUUUAAAUUCAUUAGUCAACUGUUAUAGCAGAAGCCAAAAUAGCAAAUUACACUUGGCAAAGGAGCCAGCCACAGGGCAAGUGGUUUAUCCAUUUUAAAAGUAGGAGCAUAGAAACAUUUACAGCUUUAAUUGAACUACCGUGUAAAUCUGAAAUCAAGUUUUUUAGCACCGAAGGGAAGCGUUUCUUUGAUAUGAAUAGUACUACUGAAUUAGGAAAUUUUUGUUUUCCUUACUGCGGUCCGCGCUUUCAUUAUGUAUCAUUGAUAAUUAAUAAUUUACUGUGAGAAUCAGAUGGAAAUAUAAAAUGCUACCCUAAUAUUAUAUUAUUAAUAUUAUAUGCUACAAUGAUUAUAUAUAUACAUAUAUUUAUAUUUUAACAAUUAAAUGAUUAUAUUGUACGUACGCAUUAUUAAUUUCCAUCUCAUUUGUAAUUAGCAAAAUAUUUGUAGUUUAUUCGUUUCAAUGCGAGAGGGAACAGGGAGAAUUUUUAAAGAUAGAAUUAAAGUCGAUUGUUCGAAGUUUAUAGCUAUAGACUUUUGCUAUUUACCAUAAAACAGCAUGGUACAUUGUCAAACGAGAAAAAAUGAUAACUAAAACGA